CUUACAGAGAUGAAGAAAUGGUUUGCUACCGUAACAUUGGAUGUUUUCGAGAUGAAGGUCCAUUUGAUUAUCUUGACACUUUACCAGCAGCACCUGAAGUUAUUAAUACAACCUUUACAUUGUACACUCGAUUGAAUCCAAUUGAGGGAAGUUUAAUUGAUCUGACCAAUACAACAUCUAGUUUAAAUGAUUUUAAAGAAUCAGGUCCAGUCAAGAUAAUUAUCCAUGGUUUUGGUUCAACAGGACGAGAUCCUUGGGUUUUACAGAUGACUGAGGCAUUACUAUACGUUACUUUUAUCAAAAGGAAAAAUCACACUCAAGUAACUCUUACAAAUCAUCUUCUGAUAAAAGCCUUUUGUUUUUACCAUGGCAACCAUGCCAGCUGACUUUGUAAUCACUUGAACACAUUUUUUGAAUUGUUAAAACUCUUCCGUUUAUCAUUGUGAAAAAUAUAUCUUACUGGUUUUAUUAUAAAUAUUUUAAUUGAAACAAUUGUGUCUUUUUCCUGUUGACGAUUGGUACCUGUAAAUUGUAAACUGAUGUUAAAAGUUGCGUAUCCAAAAAACAAAACAAUUAACAACCAGCAACAACAGUUAACCAGAAACACACAAGAAUU